AUGGCGUUUGAAGACUUACCCUACGAGCUACUCCUGCACAUUCUCUGCAACCUGCCCGACCUGACAACGCUAGACGCCCUGCUCCGCGGCUCGCCGGCCGCGUACCGCCUCUUUGACCAGGGCGCGUGCGCGGCCGAAAUCUUUGAGUGCGUCUUGUCCGACGGCUGCGUGUGCGACCACGUGCAGGUGCUGAUGCGGCAGGUGGCGCUGCUGCGGUCCGGCGCGCGCCCGUUUCCCCCCGGCUACACCGAGUACACGCCGUGGCCGGUGGCGCCGGGCAUCGCGUCGUUUCGCCGGCAAGUCAUUGAGGAGUCGCUGCGGCACAGCUCGCGGCAAAAGGCGUCGCCGGCUGGCUUCGCGCCGCGGCGGCUGGACCGCGACACGGAGCCGUGCAUCCUGCGGAGCGUGCUGGUGACGGCGCGGCGGCUGACGGCGACGUCGCUCGACUGCCUGCGCUUCUACCUCGACGAGCUCGCGCGCAUGACGAGCGAGCAGCAGCAAGUCUACAAUGUCAACGGCAACAACGGCAACGGCAACGGCAACGGCAACAAUUACGAUGCCGUGGGCUCGGUCGCGGCGCUGCCGCCCGCGUGGAGCGAAGAGCAGCGGUGCGUGCGGACGCUGUGGCGGCUGCAGCUUAUAUUUGACGUGAAGCGCGCAGCGCGGCGCGGCACGCUGGGGUGGUCCAAGAAGGACCUUAAGAGCCUCGAGGGCAUCGCGGCCAUGAGCACGAGCGAGGACGACUGGUGGCUGGGCCUGCAGGUCAGCAGCUUCAGCCAGCACUGGCCGGGCGGCGCCGACUGCGGCGAGCGCUUCUUCUACCACGCGGCCGCGCACCACGACUGCUACUACCCGGACGUGAUGCACCCGGAGCGGCACGAGUACGCGACCGUCAUGGACUGGGUCCGACACCGCCGCGGCCACGACUUUGCCACGCGCGUGAACCAGGGCGUCUUGAGCCCGACGACCUUGGCCGCCGGCGGCAUUGGCGGCGACAACAAGAACAACGGUGAGGAGGUGUGCCGUGGGGCGGUCGAGGCGCCGGCGCCAGCGCUGGGGGACCGCAGGAAGCUCGUGUUCGCGUCGGCCGUUAUGCAGUAUUAUGAAAAUGCGCGGCCGGGGAGCGCUGGCGCGGGGCUCGAGGGCGGCGGCGCGCAGGCCCUGGACAUUGCGCUGCUUCGGCAGACGGGAUUCGCGCUGUGGUCAAAUCAGCGGCUCAAGGUGUUGAAGAACCUCUCUGAUCUGCCCAGGCUCUUGCAUCAAACAAAGACGCUCGCCUAG